AUGGCAGUCAUGAGCCGGAUCGUGCAGCUCCUUUGCGUUUCCCUGCUUGCGUCGUCUACCCUCGCAGCUCCAGCUCCGGAAAGGCCCAGAGGCACUAUCUCUCGAAUUGAAGUCCGUGAAGUCGUUGAGCAUGUCGACGAGAAAAUCAUCCACAGCCUCGCUGAGAAACUCCGAACUGCCCGUCCAGACCUUAAAGACCGCGAUUUCGCAAUGGCGCAUGGCUUGAGCUUCGUCAAGCGGCAGGACACUUCGCCUGGCGCCAGUGAGACAGUGACCGAUGCACCAACUACAACGGAGACCACCGAGACCACCGAGACUUCCGAUCCUACGUCUACCUCUGAGACGUCUACCUCUGAUACCUCCUCCGAGACCUCCUCCGAGACCGAGCCUACAUCGACGACUGAGCCCACCUCAACGGAAACGACCGCCACGUCCACCUCAUCUUCAAGUGAGGAGCCCACGACCACCGCAGAUCCUACUACCUCUUCCGAUACCUCUACCUCCGAAACUGCUUCCUCCACCGAGACCUCUGAGACUACUACCACAUCGGACCAGCCCACCUCUACAACUGAGAGCGAGACAAGCACGUCUUCUACCGAGGAACCAUCUUCCACCACAACCGAAACGUCUACCACGACGGAGGAGAGCUCUACGACCCCUUCAGACGAACCUACCACAACCGCCUCAACCAGCUCCGCCACCGAGACCUCCACCACGAUCACGAGAACCUCGACCAACGCUGACGGCGUACUGGUAACGGUUACCGAAACGGCCGUCGUCCACCCGACUCAGUCGUCCACGGACGAAGCCACCACAACGGGUUCUGAGCCAGGACUGCAGACCAACGGCGCUUCUUCCGCCUAUGUCAAUGAGCUGUUUGCCAUGAUGGGCGGUGCCGCUAUCGCUGUUGCCGUCCUCUGA